CGCUCGCCUGUGACGUGCGGCGGCGGCGGCGGCCGCGGCCUGUGUGGCCGCCAUGGCCAUCUGUCAGUUUUUCCUGCAGGGCCGCUGCCGCUUCGGCGAGAGGUGCUGGAACGAGCAUCCGCGCGGCGGCGGCGGACGCUACGGGCCCUCCGCACCCCACUCCCAAGGUACUAGCAGAGGAGGAGGAGGAUGGAGUUCCGCUGACCAGAGAUACAAUAAUGUUAUCCGGCCAUCUGCCUUUAAGUCUAAUACAUGGGGUGGCAGCAGAGAUCAUGGAAGAGGGGUUUUUGGCUCUUCUGAUUUUGGAUCAUCAGGCGGCAGCAGCAGAAAUGCAGACUUUUCACAGAACAGAUUUUCUGCAUUAAUGAACAGUCAAAAUGCUGCUGAUGGCUAUAAAGAUGAAGAGGAGCGACUUCUUGAAUGUGUAGUGAAAGACAUGGAAACUUGGGAAUCUUCAGGACAAUGGAUAUUUUCGUCUUACUCGCCAAUGAAAGAAAGGCCAAAUAUCUCAGGCUUUCUUGAUUUCUCACCAGAAGAGUUGCAUCUGGAGUACUAUAACUGCAGAGCAAACAACAACAUUCAUAACUACAUUAGUUCUGUCCAAGAGUUAGCAGACCAGUGGAAAAAUCGACUGCUUCAGUUGAAAACUUUAAAUACAUCAACAAAAGCAGCUUUGCUAUCCGAAUUAAAGAACACAGUCACUCAACCAUUGCCUGCCUUUGGAUUUGGUGGACAGCAAACAUCAGGCUUUGGGUUGUCAGGCUUUCCUGUGAACAGCAGCAGUAACAGUGCUAGCAGUUUCUCCUUUAAAACGAGUUCCAGUGUCGUCAGCACAUCAUCUGGAAGCACCCCUGUUUUUGGGAGCUCUUCUGCUGGUUGUAAUCCUCCUGCAUUUGGUGUGAAGGCCUCUCCUAGCAUAUCCCACUCUGUUGGUUUUGGCAGCCCAGUGGUUCCGUCUGCAGCUUCCUUCUCGUUUAAAGCUUCCGAAACAACUAGUGGGUUUGGAACUUGUGGAUUUUCAGGGUUUGGCAAUUCUUCUGCUGUGAACUCUUCAAGCACCGCUCCACUUACAGCCUUUGGAGCUUUGAAUGCAGCAGUAGCAGCUUCUGCCUCACAUUCAAGCAGUACUUUAUUUGGACACGCUGCCAGUGCCUUUGGACAUAAUGCAACAUCAGCAUCUUCUGCAGUCACAAACAACACUACAGCAGAAAAGUUAUUUACACCAAAGAAUGAAUUAUCAGCUGAAGAGUUGAAACAAUUUGAAGCAAAAAAGUUUACGAUGGGAAAAAUUCCUCUAAAGCCACCACCAUUAGAACUUUUAAAUAUUUAGUACUUUUAAGAUUAUUCCAACAAAACAUGUUGUUGUAGCUUCUCUGAUACGUCAACUACACAAAUUUGUGACUGAGUAAUGAAAUAAAAUGCUUCUAUUUGUGUUAA